AUGUCUCAUCCCGUGUUGCGCUCUAACAUUUUGAGUCGUAACGUACCGUCUGCCGAUUUGCUCGUCGUCGCCGUUGCCGUCGAAGACACCGCCGCCACCACCACCAACGUGGCGACAAUGGACAACAGUGCGACCCAGGAGUUUGAGUUCCUCGAUUUCACAGACAUCAAUGACAUGGAACGUGGCCGAUUGCUGCACAUGUUGUAUUCUGCACGGAACGAGUCAUGGGUGUCUGGAGAAGAUGGAUUCAAACAUCCUGAUUUUCCAUGGACUUUUGGCGGUACUCAACCUCAGGCCACUCCACCAGGUUUAAUUAAUGAAGUUGGCAAAAUCACACAUAUUUCUGAUUGGAAUACAGCAGCAGAUGAAUAUGAUUGUGGCUAUCCAACAGUUAAUGGUGAUGCAGAACCUGAGAACCCUGUGAUGAUAAAUGGUGAAAAUGUUGUUCCUGGUUCUCCACCACCAGUUUAUCAAAUGGUGCCAAAUCCUCCAGUGUAUAUGGGUAACGUAUCUCCACCAGUGCAUGGAUAUGUCCCAUCUCAAAUGUCACCAUAUCAACAACCAAUGUAUCCUGGACCAGAACCAAAAAAAAAGAAAGAACCUGCCCCUAAUAUCCCUUCAGAUGUGGUACAAGAAAUCCAGAAGACUGAGAAGGAAGAAACUAAAACCGAAGAUAUAACUCCUGUUGUAGAAUUCAAAGAAGACACCCCUUUAAAUCAAGAACAGGCUUCUUCAUCUUCUAUUCCUCAAGUAGUUAUACCUGAAGUUAAAGACACUGAACCUGUUAAACCUGUUUUUAAAACAUGGGCAGGACUAUUUACUGGAUGUGCUAGUACAAGUAAUGAUAAAGUUUUCACAAUACACGGUAGUAGUCAACCAACCACCAACAAAAAUACAAAAUCUAUAAUUAUGCCAUCAAGAACUUUACCUGAUAAUACCGUUCGGACGUCAGUAUUUGUAACCAACAACAACCAAAAACAAACAUUACCAGUGAAACCUAGACCAUCAAGCAGCAACUCUAUAUCUAGUAUUGAUGAUAAUACAUUAAAUUUACAAAGAUUAGGUGAAUUUCUUUCAGUUUAUAAUUUGAACCAUAAAACUGCUUAUCUACAGCCUCGAGGUUUGACCAAUCGAAACACUCGUUGUUAUAUAAAUGCCACAUUGCAGGCUUUGUUAACAUGUCCUCCUUUUUUCAACCUCAUGAGAAGUGUACAAUUUAAACUCAAAAAUAGAAACAAUCGAGGAUCCCAAAAAUCUCAAACCCCAAUUCUAGAAAGCAUGAUUCAAUUCAUUGGAGAAUUUCAAAAAUUAAGCAUACAAAACGGGAGAACUACUCAACAGCAACGUCAAGCUACGUCUGUGGCUACUCAAGAAACGCCUGAUACUGGUCCAGCAUUUGAACCAAGUUAUGUUUAUAAAAUACUACCAGCUUUUGAAGAAGGCCGCCAAGAAGAUGCUGAAGAGUUUAUGAGUUAUCUUCUUAAUGGAAUUAACGAUGAAAUUAUUGAACUAAUUAAAAUGAGCAAGUCUAACAUAAGCAAUGGUGAAACACAAGCUAAAGUAGAUGCUAUCGAUAAUAACAAUGAAUGGAAGGAAGUUAACGGUAAACGUAAAAGGGUGACCAGAAGAACAGUUAUGGAAAAAACGCCAUUAUCUGAGAUAUUCCGUGGGCAGCUACGUAUUCGCACAGUGAAAACUGGUGAAAAUGAACCGACUGAAAAUAUUGAACCUUUCUUCACACUUAAGCUAGACAUUGAGAAAGCAAAAUCUGUUCGGGAAGCUUUGCACAUGCUAGUCAAUAAAGUCACAAUCAAAGGAUUAACUUGUCCGAAAACCAACCGUGAGCUAGCUGCGUACCAACAAGUUACUAUUGAUGAGCUACCUUAUGUCUUACUGUUACAUCUUAAAUGUUUUGAAUACAAGCAACAAAAACUGACUAAAAUUGUAAAAAACGUUGAGUUCUCGGUUGAUCUUAAAAUUGAACCUAGGCUCAUAUCAAAAAAUUACAAGAUUAGCUCGAAGACUAGACAGUAUAAGCUCUUUGCAGUUGUUUAUCAUGAUGGUAAAGAGGCAAACAAAGGUCAUUACUUUGCUGAUGUAUUCUAUGUGGCGCUCGGUAGAUGGAUACGGUUUGAUGACGCGAAUGUACGUUUUGUCACCGACAAAGAAGUAUGUCAGCCAAAACCCCCAUGUAUGCCGUAUUUGCUAUACUACAGAAGAAAUGACACAAUUGCUGCACUCUCUGCGUUUGAUAAUAAAGGCAGAUAG